CUGGUCUGCAGCGUGGCUAAAGCCGCCGGGGCGUUCGAUGCCGUGCGCUGCUCCCACUGGGCUGAGGGUGGCGCCGGGGCAGUGGCUUUGGGUCAGGCUGUCCAGAGGGCCUCUGUGACCCCCAGCCAGUUCAAGUUCCUCUAUGAUUUGGAGCUGUCUAUUGCUGACAAGAUCAGAACAAUUGCCCAGAAGAUCUACGGCGCGGACGACAUCGAGCUGCUCCCGGAGGCCCAACACAAGGUGGAGCUCUACACCAAACAGGGUUUUGGCCAUCUGCCCAUCUGCAUGGCCAAGACACAUUUAUCCCUCUCUCACGAGGCAGACAAAAAGGGCGUGCCCACGGGGUUCACGCUGCCAAUCAGGGACAUCCGAGCGAGCGUGGGCGCUGGCUUUUUGUUUCCACUCGUCGGCACGGUAUGUUGUCAUUCAUGUUGAACCAAACAGUGGCUU